AACUAUGCCCUUACGUUUUGACGAAAUGACAAACAUGGCUUCUCUCGGUCUACACUCUGCUACUCAGUGUCCACUCGUCACCGUCGUGCCACAGAACUCACCCGCCGAUUCCUCAUCGGAUCAAUCCCCAGUAUACAGCUCUGCCAAAUUCUUAUCUUAUCCGACCAGCAAAGAACCAUAGUUAACCGUGCCGGUGCUAGUUUUGUGGGUCGGAGCUCCGAUUGAGCCAUGCGGCGGUUAGAUACAGCGACAAGCUUGUCGGAUAUGGAGGACGAGGACGACCUUGACGAAGAACCAGGAGAGGUCAUCGAGUCAGCACCUCCUCUCAAAGUCGGGGAAGAGCGAGAGCUUGGUGGCACCGGCCUCAAGAAGAAGCUCAUCAAGCGCGGUCAAGGCUGGGAAACUCCUGAGUUUGGGGACGAAGCCACUGUGCACUACGUGGGUACUUUGCUUGAUGGAACAAAGAUCGAUUCCACUAGAGAUAGAGACGAACCUUUCAGUGUUAAGCUUGGUCAGGGCCAAAUUGUUAGUGGGCUGGAUCAUGGCAUAAUUACUAUGAAGAAGGGAGAGAUUGCAUUGUUUACGUCGUCUGCUGAACUGGGCAAUGGAGUUGGUGGCCGUGGUGGUGUUGUUGUUCCACCCAAUUCAGUCCUUCAGUUUGAAGUCGAACUCAUUUCGUGGAUCACUGUGGUGGAUGUUAGCAAAGAUGGUGGGAUUAUCAAGAAAAUAAUAGAGAAAGGACAGAUAGAUUCACGACCGAGCAAUUUAGAUGAAGUUCUUGUGAAGUAUCGAGUGGCACUCGGUGAUGGCUCUAUUGUGGCUCAAUCACCAGAAGAAGGAACUGAAUUCUAUGUCAAAGAUGGUCAUCUUUGUCCAGCAUUGCCGAAAGCCAUCAUGACCAUGAAAAGUGGGGAGAAAGCCAGACUAAUUGUUCAACCUCAGUAUACCUUGGGAGAGAAGGGGAGAGACGCAGGCAACUGGAUUCAUUCAAUCCCGCCUAAUUCUUUGCUGCAUGUUUAUAUAGAGUUGGUAUCCUUCAAGCCUGUUAUUGAUGUUACUGGUGAUGGCAAGGUAUUGAAAAAGAUUGUGAAAGAAGGGGAUUGCAAUCCUAGUGCUGAUGAAGGUGCAACUGUUACUAUCAGCUAUAUGGCUAUGCUGGAAGAUGGCACUGUCUUUGAGAAAAAAGGAAUUGAUGGGGAGCAACCUUUGGAAUUUGUCACUGAUGAAGAACAAGUGAUUGCUGGUUUAGACCGAGCUGCAGCAACAAUGAGGAAGGGUGAGCGGGCAGUAUUGACCAUAGAUCCUGAUUAUGGCUUUGGAAGUGUUGAAGUGAGGCGGGAACUGGCUGUAGUUCCACCUUGUUCAAAAGUUAUUUAUGAAGUUGAAAUGUUAGACUGUAAAAGGGAAAAAGUGCCAUGGGAACUGAGUAAUCAUGAGAAAAUUGAGGCAGCUGAAAGGAAGAAAGAAGAAGGCAAUCUUCUAUUUAAAAGUGGGAAAUAUCAACGAGCGGCAAAAAAAUAUGAUAAAGCUGCAGACUAUGUUAGUGAAGAUAUGUCCUUUGAGAAAGAUGAGCUUAAGUUAGCCAAAGCACUAAGAGUGUCUUCCUGGUUAAAUGGUGCAGCAUGUAGCCUUAAACUAGGUGACUUUCAGGGAGCAAUCAAUUUGUGUUCAAAGGUUCUAGAUGUUGAGUUUCACAAUGUAAAAGCCUUGUACAGGCGGGCUCAAGCCUACAUGGAAACUGCAGACUUGGACUUAGCUGAAUUAGACAUCAAAAAUGCUCUUGAGGCUGAUCCUCAGAACAGAGAGGUGAACUUGAUGCAGAAGAACUUGAAACAACUUCAAGUUGAAAGCAAUAAGAGAGAUGCAAUGCUCUACACAAACAUGUUUUCACGGAUGACAAAGGAUUCGUCAACUGCUACUAAGAAAUUGAAAAUCGAGAAAGCGGAUAAUGAGAAUGAGAAAAAAGAAGAGAUGGUAGCAAUGGAAGCGGAGAAAGUGGCUGGUAGUUCAAUGAACUCCUGAAAGCGGAGUGGUAGUUGAUUCUCCCGAAAACACAGUAUAGUCAAUUAUAACAUAUAAUUUAUGGUAUAAUUUAUGAGGUGAUGGAUAAGGAAAUAGGGGAAAUGGGCGUAGCAUAAUACUCCAUUUCCAUUUUUAAUGUUAUCCAUCAAGUUAAUGUUAUCCAUCAAAUUGAUUGUUCACACCAACUUUGUAAAAUAUGAGAUUGUUCAUGAUAUCAUGUCGGCAUCUCUAUAGCAUGUGAGUACAUUAUUGAAGGGAAAGCUCUGACUUCAUAUGGAAACUAUUUUAUAAAUAUAUAUUUUCUGGCCAA